AUGGUGCUGACGACGAGCCGCGUGCCCGCGUCGUGCUUGGACGGCGCCGAGGUGAUGCUGGGCAUCGACGAGGCCGGGCGCGGACCGAUCCUCGGGCCGAUGGUCUACGGCGCGGCCUACUGGCCCGUCGCCCUCGACGGCGUCAUGCGCGCAAUGGGCUUUGACGACUCGAAAGCGCUCUCGCACGAGGCGCGCACGCAGCUCUUUGCCAAGAUCAAGGCGACGGACGACGUCGGGUACGUCACGCGGUCCAUUCCAGCGGCCGAGAUCGCGCACAACAUGCUCACGCGCCGGCGCAACCUCAACGAAAUGUCGCGCGACGCGGCCAUCGAGAUGAUCCUCGCGGUGCAAAGGGCCGGCGUCCGCCUCACGCACGUGUACGUCGACACGGUGGGCGACCCGGGCUGGUACCAGUCCUUCCUCACCAAGCGCUUCAACGGCUCGAUCACAUUCACGGUCGAGAAGAAGGCCGACAGCCUCUACAAGGUCGUGUCCGCCGCCAGUAUCGCGGCCAAGGUCACGCGCGACGCCGAGGUGAGCGAGUGGGCCUGGGAGCACGCGAGCUUGAAGCUCCCGGUGGACUAUGGGUCGGGCUACCCCAGCGACCCCAAGACCAAGCAGUGGCUUGCCGCCCAUGUCGAGCGCGUCUUUGGGUACCCGAAUAUCGUGCGCUUUAGCUGGGGCACGCUCGAGUCGUAUCUCGAUCGCAUGGCGGCGGUCGAGUGGCCCCACGACAAGGAGGACGCUCCUGCCGGCACGCAGUCGAUCAAGUCGUUCAUGCAGACGCCGACCAAGAAGCGCAAGCGGACGCCGUACUUUGUGCACAACCACUUGGAAGUCGCGUCCGAGCUCUAA